AUGGCCCAAGACUGGACGCAGACGAUCGACGACGAGAUCAGCGCGCGCAACGGCGAGAUCUCGGCCAUCAACAAGCAGAUCCACUCGCACCCGGAGCUGGCGUACGAGGAGCACCAGGCGCACGACGCCCUCGUGGCGACGCUGCAAAGUCUCGGGUUCGACGUGAGGCCGCACGCGUACGGGCUCGCGACAGCCUUCUCAACCGAGUUCGGCUCUGGCGGGCGCCUCGUCGUGUUCAACGCCGAGUAUGACGCGCUGCCGGGGAUCGGGCAUGCGUGCGGGCACAACCUGAUCGCGUCAUCGUCGCUGGCGUCGUUCCUGGGCGUGGCGGCGGCGCUGAAGGCGUCGGGCCUGCCGGGGCGCGUGCGGCUGCUGGGUACCCCGGCCGAGGAGGGCGGCGGCGGCAAGCUCAAGCUGAUCGCGGCGGGGGCGUACGCCGGCGCGGCGGCCAGCCUGAUGGUGCACCCGGGGCCGGGCCACGUUCUUGAGGGAGGAGUGCGCGGCGUGGCGUUCGUGCGCAUGCUAGCCAACGUCAAGAUGCGCGCCUACUUCGCCGGCCGCGAGGCACACGCGGCCAUCGCGCCGUGGGACGGCGUCAACGCGCUCGACGCCGUCUGCCUCGCUUACAACGCCGUCAGCAUGCUGCGGCAGCAGACGCGGCCGUACGAGCGCAUCCACGGCGUGUUCCGCGCCGCCGGCGACCGGCCCAACGUGACCCCCGCCGAGUGCUGCGUCGAGUACUACGUGCGCAGCGCCACGCGCGCCGGCGCCGAGCGCCUGUGGCAGCGCGUGCUGAAGUGCUUCGAGGGUGCGGCCCUGGCCACGGGCUGCGAGUUGCGCACCGAGCCGCUCAACUCGUACGCCGACGUGCGGCCCAGCCCCGCGCUGUGCCGGGCCUACGUCGAUGCCGCGCGCCCCGCCGGGUCCGUGGCGUACGCCGACCCGCCCGAUUUCCUGGCCGGCAGCACCGACAUGGGCGAUGUGUGCUACGAGUGCCCCGGCUUCCACGGCGCGUUCGGCAUCGACACGGCCGAGGGCGAUGCGAACCACACCAAGGGCUUUGCCGCGGCGGCCGGGACUGAGGACGCCUACCAGCGCGCCCUCGAGUGCGGCCGCGCCAUGGCGCUCGUCGGAUGGAAGGUGCUAGUUGAUGAUGUGUUUGCCGAUGAGAUGCACCGCGAGUGGCUCACCGACAUGAAGCUAGCCGCCGAGGGGAAGUGA